GAAAAAAAGGAACGAAAAUUACAUUUUAAAAAAAAAUUGAAAAAUAUACAUUUUAUUCCAUUGUUGAAAUAAAGAAAUGUUGAGUGAUUGACAGAAAUAAGAGAGAAAGAGAGCAUCGCAUGAGAAUGAAUAUUAUAAUCGAAGGAAUAUAAUCGAAAAAUGAUAUAUGAAUGGAAAAUAAAGAAUGGCUAGAUAAGAAGGUGAUUCACUUUAAGAGAAGAAGAAAGAAACGAAGGAAAAAAGAGAAAAAAAGAACGUUCCACUAGUUGGAGAAAUAUUAGAUAUGAAUAGCGUUAGUUUGGUGAACUUGCAUAAUUGUACUGCCCUGGUACUAGAUCAGAAUGUAACGCUAUUGAUGGGAUUAAACCGCAGUGAGCUUUUGCAGGUACUCAAAGAAGCUUUAGAUAGAUCGUUGCAACGUGAGCUACUUCGUGAUGCUCUAUCGGAUUGUCUUCACACAAAUCAACAACGACCCUUUGACCUUCCAUGGUGGCAAAAACUUGUCUGGUCUCUUGUCUACGCGAUAAUCCUAAUGGUGGCCACUGGUGGCAAUAUUAUUGUCAUGUGGAUUGUUCUCGCACACAGACGAAUGCGAACGGUGACAAACUAUUUUCUGGUGAAUUUGUCAGUAGCGGAUCUAAUGAUGUCGGUCCUCAACUGCGUUUUCAAUUUCAUCUUCAUGUUGAAUUCGGACUGGCCUUUUGGAAGUGUCUACUGCACCAUCAGCAAUUUUGUCGCCAACGUAACAGUUGCUUCCAGUGUCUUCACCCUUGUCGUAACGUCAUUUGAUCGAUAUAUGGCGAUUAUGCGACCUCUUAAACAUCACAUGUCUCGCAAGAGGACAAUAUUGGCAUUGUUCUCAAUCUGGUUCGCUUCAGCCAUGUUAGCGAUACCUUGCCUUCUAUAUUCAACUACAAAUUCUCGAAGAUAUAAUAGCGGAAAUACUAGAAUCGUCUGUUAUAUGCAAUGGCCUGAUGGAAGUUAUCCAAACAGUAAAACCGAAUACAUAUACAAUUUAGUAUUUCUCGGAGUAACAUACCUUAUCCCUAUGAUGGUAAUGGCGGUAUGUUACACUUUGAUGGGCCGUAAAUUGUGGGGCUCAAAAUCGAUAGGUGAGCAUACGCAGUAUCAAAAAGAAUCGAUGAAGUCAAAAAGAAAGGUUGUUAAAAUGUUUAUCAUCGUUGUGACGAUAUUUGCCGUGU